AUUUCCCAUUAGCGUUACUCGCAUCUUAACUUCUUCUUCAAGGUAGGCCACCAAACACAGGACGUACAUAACAGGCCACUAUCCUGCUCCGGCUGCUAGUCUGUCUUGGCUCAUACAUACGAGAGCCUGUGCAUUACGUUAGAUUAAAGUUGAGAGACGGUGUUGCUGCUCCUCCGUCUGCUUUACAAGAGUGAGAGAGAAAAAAGAGUUGGAUGAUAUCCUAUUUAUUUCGUGUCGGCCCUUUCUGCUCUCCAAGAUUCUCCUUUUACUUGGACGGUAAUACAAUUACAAUUUCACCCACACUUACAUUACCCGCACGACCAUUCAACCAAGUCGAGGCGCACAAACAAGCCACGCUAUUGUGUCCAAGGGUGAAAGUGCAUCUCCUCAAAUCUCUACGGGACAUUUGAUGUAAACUCACGUGAUUAUUAUUACCACCAUCCAAUCUUCUCCUGCAAAUUUGAAUCUCAACUCCUUGUCCAAAACUACUCGAGCUAAACAACCAACAAGACGAGCACGAAGUAUAUAUACGAAAGUGUAAAGCAUGCGUUUUCCCUCUUCGUGUCCCUCCAUAAUAAUAACUUGUAAAUCAAUCUACCGUAAGCACAAUAUUUAUUCACACAAAAUUAAUAACUUAGAGCAGACUUUGUGAGCGACAAGCAAAUUUCCGUCGUCGCUCUCAUUCUCAAUUCAAGGAGACUUUUGUAGGAGCUGCUACAUGCAAUCAUUACAUAUUGAUGGCAAUGUGGAGAGGAGUUUGAGAGAGCUGGUUGGAACUGCAAAUCCCUUGUGCGAGUGGGUGGACAGCGUUCAAAGGAAAUUAGAAGUGGUUCUUCUAGUGUGGCUCGAGGGCAUUGUGUUGUAAUCAAUUCUGUGCAUUGCACACUACUUUAACAUUAAGAAGGAACAGCGGUGAAUGAGAAAGUUUUUGUAAUAAAUCUACCAGAGGAAAGCAGCUCAGCUUCCUACACACACAUACAUACGUUCCAUCACCCUCAGCACAAUAUCGCCAUUUUCCUGGACAGUUUGGCCCAUGGCUACACACUUUCUUCAUUACUUCCACUAUCACAUCACGACUGACAGCCGAGGAAAAGAGUUUGUGAGCACUGAAUGAAAUGUUCUCUGCCAACAAGGCCGACUGGAAAGCAAUGCAAUCCGACGAGAGAAGGACGCGAUAGGAGGAAGUGACUAGACCUCAAUUCCAAAGCCACACGAUCUAUAUCAUCAUCAUCAUCAUCGCCAGACUAAUUGAACUCAGUCGUGCUUUCUCCACUUGUCUACUCAAAUCUGGAGUGAGAUAUCACAUUUGGUCAACAAUAAUAUAUUGAUAUCAACGUGAUUGAGAUCAAAGUGAAAACAGGAGAUUAUUUUGGCAAUUUUUCGUCAUAUUCAUAUCAUCCUCUGUCAUUAGCCUGUCAAGAGUGAAAAGGAUAUGUGUACAUGAACGGAUAAUAUGCAUAGGAGUUGCUCCUACUAGGACUAGUAUCUACAUAAGUAUCGUUGUAUAUAUGCAAGAAAUUAUACAAGUUAACCAUUAUUCCAUGCAAAAUUCGGACCGCCAUGUGUCAGAAUCCACAGGAAGUCAACGCAAAUCGAUGUCAGUCUUGUUGGACUAGUGACUGAAAAUCGACUUUCACCAGAAAUUGUUAACUGUACGUUGUGGGGUUGGCUGGUUGAUGAAGACGCCUUGUGUAUAUACGGAUAUCUCUGCGGAAGGGAAUCAGCCUGAGUGAGCACGACUCUAAUUCCAACUCUCUCCAGACAGGAACAUGCAAUCGCAAACUCCACUUAUUAUUAUUAUCUGUGUAAUUUGCAAAGAAGAGAAUAUCCGCUGCAGAUUCAUUUUCUGACGGGAUAUUGUUGGUCUGGCGAAUCUCACUGUCACGUAUAUGCAAAUUGACAUUCAUAAAGCGAGUCAAAUUCAAAUAUUGGACGAGAUCUGAGGAGGCGCUAGCAGUGACAAUAAUAAUAAACGGUGGGACGUCUCGCGGAGAAAGUCUAGGAAUUCAAUGAAGGCAUCUCAGGUUUCCUUUCCUGUUGAUAAGGACAACUGAGGAGAGAUAGUGAAGGAAUACGUAGGGCCAAAUGAAAUGAAGGACGAAAUCUGGUAAAAACCUCAUGUGUGCAUUGACUGGUGUUUCCACAGUUGUCGUGUCAUGUCGUGUUGGAUGAGAUCCUUUACCAACACAUUUGUCCCGACAGGGAAACUGCGCAGCUAUACUUGCCUCAGUUGUUAACAGACAAUCUUGCUCUCAUUGGACGUAGAGCAUAAAAGUAUUGAUUUGACUUUCUCAAAGCACGAGGAAUAAGAUAUCCUUAAUCCACCACACAUUUACCUUAUCUUGGCCCAUUCACGCAGAAAGCACGAACGUGAUUUUCUACGGGCAAAGUCGUACUGUUUACUCGUUACGCUGUUCGUUCCACGUAAUGGUGUCCUAGUUGCGAAGAAACUGAUUUUUACAAUCGUGUAGGGAGAAAGGAGGCCAGGAGAGCAGGAACAAGGGCUGCUGGUUUCGUGGGUGGCAAAUUUGUGCUUCGUUCCCAACUCUGAUACAAGUACGUUAAGUGAUUUACUAAGUUGGUUGGUUGAGUGUGCUAUGAUUCUCGAUCUGGAGAAGAGUCGCCUCAUCUUCUUUUACAACUACAACCAGAGAACAAGUUGGAGAGAGACUCCCAAAGAAUUUGCUACCCUGUGGGUUAAUGUUAGCGGAUUGGAUUUUAUCACAGAUGGAAUAUCUUAAGGCGAAUUGUACAUACUUUUACCCUGCCUGAGUUUCGUUUGGUGGGAAGCGUCGUCGUGUUUAUGGUGGCCGUUCGUGACUUGACCGGUUGCUGGCUACAAGUUUCGCCCACCAAACCACCAUCCUAGUCGUCGUCAUCCGUAGAUAAGUUUCCUCUUGUUUGGUUUCGGAGCUUAUCUUGGCUUUGAGCUAACCAGACUUGGACCAGUGAAAAUCUGCGGCAGGAGGCAGCUCAAGUUUUUUAAGACAGUUAGUCAUCCGGAAAAAUAAAAUCUUCAGAGUUUCUUGAAAUAAAGUUUCGUCGGGCUUUACACAUUCAAUUCUUAUUCCAUCGCACGUCGUCUACACUUGCUGUACUUUUGCUAAGUUCAAAGUUUUCUACAUAAAUGGUGCAACCCAGACCAACAGUUAUGGCCAAUGUGGAGACUACCCCCUUUACCAUCACCGAACUGCUCCAGCGGUUGGCUGAGCUGGAGCGACGGGUAGUGGAGGCGGAGAGCAGGGCAAAUGAAGCGGAGGACAAGGUCCGUGUGAUGGAGCAGCAGCUUUCAGACUCUUCCAACGCAGCAGCAGCAUGGGCAAUGGGAGAAGAGCAACCUGACAAACUGUGCAACCUUCAAUUAGCUUUAACUGUUCGAGAAAAAGAUCGUGUGAUUUCGAGGCUUGAAUGUCAAGUGGAAGAAAUUAGGCUACUGCGGCUUCAGGAGUCCAGACAAGUAGAAGAGAAAGCAGCUAAAAUUAAGGAGUGGGUUUCUAACAAGCUGCGUGAUCUGGAGGAGCAAAAUGAGUGUCUUCGUGAACAGAAUCAAAAGUGCGAAAACCAGUUGGAGCUGUUAAAGUCUCGCCUCACACAAUUGUCAACACUUGAGCUUAAAAGUCUAUCCAAGUCCAAGGAUCGCCACUCGACCGAGGACUCUUCACGCGGAAGCUAUGAGGGGGACCGACCAGGAAGCGAUGAGAGUCCACCACACGACACUUCCGAACAUAAUGGUCAUCACGUUUCUUCUUCUCAAACAGCGAUAAGUCGAUCAGCCAUAUCAGCCACUGCAGCAUGCAUAGCAGCGAUAAAACGGCGUUCUGCAGCAUUCGACAGUCCGGAGGAAAGGGAAAGACGGAGGAAAAGUAAUCUCUCCAACAGCGGCUCAACUUCAGGUGGAGGAGGUGUACACAACGGCUCCCUUCGUGACCCAGACCGACGUGAUUCGCGAGGUUCCAGAGGUUCCAGAGUAGAUUCUGGUUCCGUGGAUAUGGAGACACCUCAAAGUUUGAGUCCACGAAGUCCUCUGGACAGCUUGGAGCCUCUGGAUGGAUCCUUGCCCUCAAUGUCGAACGGUGGUGGGGUGGUUAUCGGACCUUCGUCAUCUUCCUCGGCGCUUUCAGAGGUGCAGGCGUACACGGGGUCCGGAGGAGGAGGAUCUUCGCAACCGGCCAGUGCUCAGUCCCUCCACCACCAUCCUCAUAACCUCCGUCACCCGACGAGUAGCAGCAGUUUAUCAUCACACCCUAGUCACCCCCUAGUUAAUGGUCACGGGGUUCCAAGUGGCCUUCCUCAUCCUUGCCUCCCUAGUCAUUCUAGUCACAAUAAUAAUAAUAAUAAUAAUAACAAUCAUGUGAUUAUAAGCAGUCCUUCUGCAUAUCCAGUCCCUCCGCCCAUCCCCGUUCUACACCCCCAACCAAUUACUAUCAGUCAUUCACCUUUGCCAGCCACUCCAAACGAUGUAAUGAUUGGAGGAUCCGAGUCUACCGGCUCAUUAAUAAGUGAUAGACGUGCACCUAUCGUCCCCCCACGACGUUGCAGGACCCGGUCUCCAACGCCCAACACAAGCCAUGGAACCACUCCUGGAACUUGUAGCCCCCCAACAACCGAGGAGGAAGAUGCAACCGUCCUGAGGGCUCGUCUCGAUGCAGAGUGUCAGCAACUUGCGAGAGAUUUGCAAGCGGCAGUGCGAGAACUAGUUCGACCAGAGCUGUCACUUGGCGGUGCAAGGGCUUCCAAUUUAGGUGGAAGUAGCAGCAAAGUCAAUGGUGGUUCAUCUUCCACGAGAGGGAAAGCCAUGGAUGAGGUGCACGACUACUCUGAGAUUUACACGCCAAGUGCAGAAACUCCAGAAAAUUGUCUUCCACUAGGACAACCCCCACCGCCUCCAAUCCACAGAUUUCCAGAAUGGGAGUCGAGAAUUUACCAAGUUGCUGCAGGAGGCUUAAAGGUGCCAUCAAAUGGAAAAGGAGAUACCGGUGGCGUCAGCGGUGGUGGUGCUGGAGAAAUAUCCUGCGGAAAUGGUCGCAUAUUGUCUUACCACUCCCUUGGCAUAAAUUUUUCCGUUCCCGUAUACACCACCGUGAAAGGCCGAGCCAGCAGGAUUCGAGACGCGCCCUUCAGUGGUGACUCUUCGGAUUCUUCAGAUGGAGAGGAAUUAGGCUCAGGAUCUGGCUCAGGACCUUCCCAUCCAAUGAGCUCUGGCGAAACUGAUAUCUCAAGUCCUGGGAAAAUCUCAAUUGCCAAUAGUCUUUCACCCUUGCAUCGAUCUUCGUCUUCAUCCAAAAGUGUCCGUCGUGAACCUUCCUUCGGCGAAUCAGAGAUUUCGGACGACUACGCGAUCCCACCCGAUGCUUUCGCCAGUGAGACCAGUAGCCUAGACCUCGCGCUUUCAUCGGGUUGUAAUUUGACGGCGACGGGUGUCGCAUCCAUUGCACCCGGUACCGUGUCCCUCGGCCCUUCCUCCGGUUCCAGCAAUCCAUCCGGCGGCAUCGUUAACUCGGUGGAAAGCUCCCCUCGAAAAGAGUCGCUGGAGAAAGCAGGCUAUUUGACUAAACUUGGAGGAACGCUAAAAACUUGGAGGAAACGUUAUUUUAUACUUAAGAACGGGACCCUCACCUACUGGAAAACACAGCAAGAGGCUUCUCGACGACCAACGGGGAGAGACAUCCUGUUGGAUGAUAAUUGUCGUAUAAAUCGAGGUGAUGGAGCUGCAACGUUUGAAAUUGUUACGGUGAAGAAGACGUAUUACUUGACGGCUGAUUCUACGGCUGGGGUCGAUGAAUGGGUUAAAGUUUUACAGAAUGUUGUUCGACGUAACGCCACAAAGUUGGUGUUGAGCAUGGAAGACAGCAAACCCACGGUUCAAGGGUGGCUAACGAAAGUGAAAAACGGUCAUGCAAAGCGGUGUUGGUGUGUCCUUACUGGAAAGAUGUUCCUGACUUUUAAGUCACCUUCAGAUACGAUGGGCACGGGACAAGUUAAUAUGCGCGAUGCGCGAGUGGAGGAUGUGGAUCAUGUGUCCGAUGACUCGGACAAAGAAGAGUCCCCAACCAACGCAACGUCGGAUGUUUUCACUGUGGGAAUUUUUCCUAGUCACCAGAGUCCUAUCUAUCUUCAUUUUGCUACUAAACAAGAGAAGGACUCGUGGCUGUAUCACUUGACGAUAGUCUCUGGGAAAGGACCAAGUGUUGGAACACAAUUUGAGCAGUUGGUCCACAAACUCAUGGAGGUCGACGGAGAUCCAAAUUCUACGUUAUGGAAAAAUCCACUAUUACUCCACAGCAAGGAGAGCAUCUCCACCCCGCUGACUUCACUGUCUUCACUUGAGCGUUCGGAGGGAGAGCGACACCAGAGGAAAGAAAGGACGCCCCAUUCGGCACUUCAGAACGAGGCGAUUAAGCUGUUCAAGUCGGUGCAACUCUUCAUGUCCGUGCCAUUAGACACUUCGGGAAUCGACUACCACGUUGCACUGGCCCAAAAUGCUCUACAAUUGUGUUUGGACUAUAAUGAACUUCAAGCAGAAUUGAUUUGUGCCCUUGUUAAACAGACAUCGAAACAAAUGAGCUACAAGAAUGUGACAUUGCACAAAAUCAAACAUUCUCGGCACUUUCUCCUCAACGCGACCCAGUCCUUAUUUCUCUGCGACUCGUCAAGCAAUCAUCACGGGAAACUUCAUGCCCAACAAAAUCAAAGUAACCAUCAGUCUUCUGCCCCAUCGUCGUCAUCAUCACCUCCAUCAAACCCAACCAAUUCCCUUCUUACGACAUCAUCCCACCGAGCAAACAAUCAUCAUGGAACGAUUCCCAACACUGCCGUGGGCAACAACGUCUCGAAAGCAUUCAACUCUAGCCUGGGCUCCAAUGGUCGCAGCGGUUCACUUGGUACAAGCUCUUCCAGUCGAUCUUCCCCAUCAAAAUCGAGUAAAGUCAAGGCUUCAAGUAGCAAGGGAUCCUCAUCUUCGGUUCCAUCUUCUCCUCUCUUGUCCUCGCAUAACCACAGCAUGCAUCAUCGAGCUUUGUCGUCCGAGGGGAAAUCCAGCGUCAGAAGUUUCGUAUUCAUACAAGGGUGGCAAUUACUCGCCCUCUCUGUUUCCCUCUUCCUCCCCAAGAAUAAUAAAUUGCUGUGGUACUUAAAACAACAUCUCACUCGAAACAUUGACACAAGAAGUGAGUGCGGAAAGUAUGCAGCUUAUUGCCAGAGAUCAAUCGAGAGAACACUGUGCAAUGGUCCACGACUCUUUAAACCGUCACGGAUGGAAGUUUUGUCAAUUUUCUUGAAGAAUCCAUUUCACCAUUCUCUACCUCAUUCCGUUCCCGUCCAUUUCCUUAAUGGUUCUUACACGGUCGUAGGAUUUGAUGGGUCAACCACGGUCGAAGAGUUUUUGCAUUCUUUGUGUCAUGAAAUUGGAUGUCGGGAACCCCCACUGUCCGGUUUUGCGUUGUUUGAGGAUGAUCCAUUUGAAAAAGACUUGGAGCACUUUUUGAAGUCAGAUGAAAAGGUUUGUGAUGUGAUAUCACAAUGGGAAACAGCAUUGCGAGAACGGGGGUCAGGAAAAUUCGAGACGCGGAGAGCAGUCACGCUUACUUUCAAGUCAAGAAUUUACCGACGGGCAGGCGUCCUACAAGAAUCCGACAGAGAGAGAUUACUCCUGUGCUACCAAACGAAUCGACAUGUGGUAUCAGGAAAAUUUCCGCUCACGCGCGAGUUGUCACUCGAGCUGUGUGCAUUAAUGGCACAAAUUGAUGGGGGCGAUUAUAAGCCUGACAGAGGUCGAGGAAGUGGUGGAUCUCAACUGAUUGUUCAAAUUCUAGAAAAAUAUUAUCCAAUACGGUAUCGAGACAACUUGUCUCAGGAGGAGUAUAAGACUCUUUGUGAUAACUUGGUUGAAAAGUGGUCUUUUCUAAAGUGCAAGAGUUCCUUGGACUGCGUUCGCAUUUAUCUCACUUGCACUCGAAAAUGGAGCUUUUUCGGAGCUACGCUUUUCAGUGUCAACGUUCGUGGAACACAUGUUAUCGAAGACGGAAGUUCGGCUUGGGCUGGAAUUUGUGAAGAUGGAAUUGCAAUUUUGGAUAGUAUUACGCUGCAGCAGAUUGCAAAGUACAGUUACGCGUCCGUUAUCACAUUUGGGGGCGCAGUGGAUGACCAUUUUAUGAUUGUCGUUGAUGAUUGUGGGAAAAAGCGUCGCCUGUUGCUGGGAGGAAUGUCAAAAUUUAAGGUUUUGGAGAUGACAAGACUGGUUGCCGAUUACAUAAACGCGUGUUGUACGUUUUAUGGGGGGUCAUCAGCUAAUACUUUGGGUGGAUUGACUCGUCACAAUUCUCUAAAGUCUAGCAGAUUCCAAGGGAGCACAACAUUACCUCCACCGACCCCAAGAAUGGAAAGAAGACAUUUAGGGGCUACACCAAAUCCGUCACCAAUUCCAGUCCAACGCUGUGAUUCUUCCAAUACAUUUCAUAGGAACCAACAACCACACACGUAGAGGCGUUCACAAACACGCCUCUGAAAUUAAUUCAGUUAGAAAAUUUUGCAGACAAACAGUCUUAUUCGUCGCUAUAAGAAAAAAGAUGAUAUUUAUUAUUACAAGCUACCAAGUUUCCUACAAAUCCAUGCCGUCUCCUUCCCUCUUCAUCGAAUCGAAUAUUUAAAACCACGUUCAUCUAGUAUUACGUACGAGUACUUAUUACGUGUGUCUCGCUGUAUGCAAACUUAAAUGACAGAUGAAAAUAUUAGAGAUUAUAUAAUCUAUUCGACAAAGGCUGAUAUUUUCCGAGACAAAAUUAUUACUCUGACAUUUUUUACUUUAUGAUUAUUACUGUUAUUAUUAUGAUCUCUAAUUGUUAUACAUACGUAGAUUUAGUAAUACUCGUACCAUGUUGUUUUUACUUUUUCAUAAUAAAUCGAACUACUUAAAUUAUAAAACGUA